AUGAGUUUCUUGAAUGAAUUGAAGAAGCAAAAAGAACGAUUAAAAGGAACGGAAACGGUUGUUACUCGUGCCGAUGGUGUUAAAUAUCUCGAAGGUUCUGGAACAUUGGUGGAAUCUAAAUCACCCGGCUUUGUAGUUGAUACGAAACCAGACGACGUGCCUGUUUUAAUUGUAGACUAUUUAUAUAUAGGUUCACAAGAUUGUGCAGUGCAGUGUGUAUUAGAGAAAUAUAAUAUUAAGCAUGUCCUUAGUUUAGGUAUUGAUUUAGAUAUUUCUUUUAUAAACCAUAAGUUCGUUCACAUUUUGGAUCUUCCAGAAUCAGACGUCAGACCUUCCUUAGACGAAUGUUUGCCAUUUCUGCAAAAUGCUAUAGAAAGUAAGCAAAAUGUAUUAAUACAUUGUAACGCAGGUGUGUCUAGAACUUCGAUGGUUGCUAUUGCCUAUUUAAUGCAAUAUCAAUUGUUAGAUUAUGAAAAGGCUUACAAUUUUGUAAAGGAAAAAAGACCAGCGAUACAGCCAAACGCGGGAUUUAAAACACAGCUAUUGUCAAUGACGCCUGGACAAAUAAUAUCUUAGCGAAUUUUUACUUUAUUUAUUGAAAUAUACUGC